AUGAAGCGCGGUGACCGUUGUCGUCUGCUGUCUCUCCCAGACGAGCUUCUCCUGUCCAUCCUAACUCUCCUCUUUGCCUCCUCUCAUCAACCACCUGAGAAUUCUCAAAACCCCCCUCGCGUCCUCACCCCUUCCCCCCCAACCCCACCUCCCCCAUCUCUCCCCAUUCGCCCGCCCGGACCACCUAAUUUCAGCCAGCUGACUCAUCUGGAGCUCAGCUUGCGAUUUUCCCGCGAUGCAUCGCGCUACCUCUACGAGGAUAAUCCCACCCUGCCGCCUCUCCACGCCUUCCAUUCCCUCCGCGCCCUCACCCUCAGCUUCCGCCCCAAGGAAAUCUCUCCCCUCAUCCGCUGCUCCGCGCUCACCUCGCUCUCCCUCUGGCAGACCACAGGUAGCUCUCUUGCCUGUCUCGCCUCCUCCUCCUCUGCCUUCCGCGCGUCUCUCCAAUCCCUCACCAUCCGAUCUGCCGAUCUAACAAACUACCUCCCUUGCCUUUCCUCAUUCACGUCCCUCUCCUCCCUCUCCCUCCACUCCUGCACAUUCAAUCCUGGCGAGCUUCACUCCCUCUCGCGCUCCCUCCACUCCCUCACGCACCUCACCAUCGACGAUUGCCCCUCGUUCUGCUGCCGUGCUGUGGCAGCAGUGGUUCGAGCCAACCCCUCCCUCUCCUCCCUCUCUCUCAUCAGCACCACCUACCGUCUCUUCAGCUCCAAGCCCCUCUCUGCCGUGCUUCGCCUGUCGUCCCGUAAGCUUCAGACGCUCUCGCUUGCGGAUCUGCCGUCGUUCCGCCCGGGCAUGCUUGCGGGGUGCAGCAGCCUUGAGUCGCUCACUCUCGAACGAGCAGAGGGGUCGCUGGAAGGGCUGCUGGGCAUGCUCGUCAGGGCGGAGGAGGCGGGGGGAUUGAUGGCACGACGUGUGGAUACGCCUUCGGGUGCGGGUGCGGUUGCUGGUGCGGGUGCGGGUUUGGGUGUUCCUAUAGCAGCUGCGGAGGGGAGGAUCAACGGAAGGCGGAGAAGCUACAUCGACAUCCGCGCAGCAGCAGCAUCGGCGCGUGCCGACGCGGCCUCAUCCUGGAGAGACGUGCGCCGGCUGCGCAAGCGGGCGGGACACCUUGCGCGUGCUGCGCUGUCCGAAGCACAUUCCGCACACCAGCACGAGUCCGUACAAAGUGUGAGGUCCGCUAUCAAUGCGGUCGUGAGCGCUAUUGCCGCCUGCAAGUCGGCCUCUGCUGGGGUGUGGGACGCGAACGCUGCGAGAGAGAAGGCACGCGCUGUGGCACGACUCUUCACCGCUGCUGCUGCUGCCGGCACCUUAGGGAUAUUCACUGCGCAGUUUGCAGGAGAAGAGGAAGAGGAGGAUCGGGAGCUUGGAGAAGACAUUGUGCUCAGUAACGGAGGUGAGGACUUCCGUGCUGCUGGGGCAACCUUGAAUGCGGUUCACAACGGUACGGAGGAGUGUGAGUCAGGUGGCAGUGGGCCCGUAGUGUCGCGUGAGGAGCUGCUUGUGGUGCUGGAUAGGCUUUCGGAGCAGCUGCGCGUGCGCCUGUCGGCCAUGCGUGAGGACGCUGAUUCGCUGCUCCGGUGGGAGAAUGCUGAGGGCCAGGCAGAAGCGCCAGCAGCAGCAGUUGAGGAGCCAGCAGCAGCAGUUGAGGAGCCAGCAGCAGCAGUUGAGGAGCCAGGGGUGCAAGAGGGCGGCGCACAAAGGGAGGAAGGUCAAGGGGAGAGAGGAGGAGGAGGAGGAGGAGGAGGAGGAGGAGGAGGAGGAGGAGGAGGAGGAGGAGGAGGAGGAGGAGGAGGAGGAGGAGGAGGAGAGUCAGGCAGCAGAUCCACAGCAGCUGUGGCGUGUCAAAGAGUGAAAAGUGCAACGCCAGUGGAAGUGUUCUGCCCUUGCCUGGCCUCCCUGGUCCUGAAAAACAUCCAGUUUACCCCUCCUUCUGAGCCUCUGCCAGGGUAUAUUCCCUCUACAUCCCCUCUCCUGGUUCCUGGUUCUCGUGCUUCUCCUUGCUCCACAUUUCUCUCAACUCCUCUUUCCUCCCUUGACUUCUCCCCAAGUGCCCCUCCCGCUCAGCAGCAGUCGUUUGAGAGCAUUGCCCUGGCGGCUGUGUUUGGCGGGCUGAGGCGGUUGGCAGUGGUGCAGUGCGGUGGGGUGGGGGAGGAGCAGCUGAGGACAGUGCUGCGUGCAUGCCGGGUGUUGGUGGAGCUGAGAGUAGAGCACUGCCACGCCAUGUCCGAUAAAGUGCUGCUCUCAUGUCUUCUGCACUCACUCACUCACGCGACGCUUGUCGCAUGCAAGCAGGUUACAGCUGCCGGUGUUGCCGGGCUGCUUGGGAGUUUCCCGGGGUUGAGGUAUUUAAAGGUGGAGGAGGAGAAGGUUCCUGAGAGGGCUCGGAGGAAGUUACUUCGUGCUGGUAUCGUUGUUAGGGGGUGCGAGUUUGACGUUGGCCCUGGGUGUGGCCCUCUGUGCAAGGCGCAUCGUUGUAGUAAGGUGAGGUAG